AUGGCCGCAGCAAAGCUUUGCUGCACCGCGCCUCUGCGAUCGCAUUCGCCCGACGAUACACCCCCGAGGCCUGUCAGACCCUUCAAGUCUUUGGCCAACAUCAAGACACACUUUGCUCAUAACAAGCAUACCCCCGACACCACAGAUGAUCACACACAAGGAAGUUAUCCACUUUACCCAGCAGACGAUCUUGAGCUUCGCCGUAUCUUUGUUGCUGCUUCCUUGCCGGAGGAUCAUCCUCAUGCCCUCAAGAUCCGUCAUCGCAAGCCUGAAGUGAACGAGAGUAUCAUACAUUCACCGAGCUUUACGAACAAGCUACGCAGGCAGCUGAGUCGCAAGAGCCUGGCGACAGACAAAUUCCACAAGGAUACGUCAAGCAAGUUAACUCUUGGGUCUCUGAUAUUGCCGGGAAAAAGGCUAGCGCAUGGCCUUCCGGAACUUGCUGGUGGUUACGACGACGAUGCUCAGUCAUUGUGCUUGACCGAGUCUCGACUUGCUUCUCUCGCGAACGAUAGCCGUGGAAUGAUGGAUGCAAGAUCUGUCCAACACGCUCGAUCUUCUGAACCACUCAAUCGCAGUGACAUUGCCCCAGAUGAGCCACGCCGGUCAGUCAGUGUACCUUUGGCAUCAUAUCCAGCAGACUCCUCAUCACAACCGAGACGUUCGCUCUCCUCCGACAUGCAGCAGGAGUUCAAAGGUGCUCUCAGUGUUCAUCUGCCUGGUCCUACGUUCAUGGAUGCAGACGACAUAUGGCAAUCAUCGCCCGCAGAUGUACAAACGAGUCCUGCGCAGUUGUUGAAAACACUCAACUCUGCCGGUCCGCAACUGGCAACUUCUCAACUAUCAUCUUCGGAAACGAUUCAACCGCAGCUGAUCAGGGCAAAAUCAAGAAGCACAGACAAACAAAAGGUAUUGCCUAGGGACUCGACCAAUUCGCUGCACUUGUACGAUAUGCAAAUUUCGCAGCAUCUGCGUACACGAUCACAAGUUUCAGAACCUUCAAGUGCGAGCGAGCCAGAUAGACAAAAUCGCCAUACACACGCAAGUCUCAACAGCAUCGUGCUCUCCUCUAUGGGCCCUGAACGCUGCAAGAGCAUAUCUAGCUCUGGUUUUGCCGGCUCGGCUGGACCUUCUACCUGGGAAAAGGUUCUUGAGGACGAAUCUUCAUCCAUAUACAGUCGCAGGCCAAGCACCGCCUUGGAUGUCCCGCUCGUGCCUCUAACAGGGCACAUAUCUGAUCUCUCUCACAAGUCUAUCCAAGAGAGAUCGAUAGCCUCUGAUAUGUCCAAACAUUCCAACCAGAGUAAAGAGAACACUUUUCGUCAAGCAGAAAGGGUUAUCUCUGUGUCUACUGGCAUUAGCUUUGUUGCAAGUGGUUCGGUAUCUCAUCCUGAUCUCAGAGAGUCUGCAUCCGUGAGCAGCUCAGCUUGUGUCAAUACUUGGCCUGAUCACAAGGCGACGUGCUCCCNNCUUCCAANNAAAAGCGACAGUUCAGGAAGCCUCGGAAAGCUAAGCAAAUUCAAGGAAGAUCUCAAUGAUGCUUCCACUGUUCCAAACUCUAGGAAGAAGCGCCGCUCGAUCUUGCGUAUGUUAUUCCCUGGACUCACACGAUCGAAACUUCGAAGCACCAGCACGCCAUUGCUCGGUGGCCGUACCCAAUCUUCUCUCAAUCAGACUUACGACGGGACUGGAGACGCUCAAGACUUUCUGUCUGUGCCACAGUCCUCCUCUAAGCCACAGGGUGCUCAGCGAGCGGCCAGCUUUGCUGACAACGCGGAGCUGAGGCCUGCCAGCGCACGCUCAAUUAGUUCCUUGGCCGCCACACCAUCUCUGCGGUCACGCCAAUCCUUGGUGAACUAUGAAAGAAGUCUUUCUAUUGUGGGUGAUAACCGUCGCCGCAAGUCGACUUUAGGAGGACCAAAGAUUGGAGGAAAUGCGGCUGAAGAUCAAGGUGAUUAUCCAGAACGAACCCUACGUCGCGCCAGCCCUCUUCUCAGUCCUAGCAGAAAGGGGACAGAAGAAGCCUUGAUGGAAAAGGCGCUGCUACAACAUCAGGCAGAGAAAGCAGCUCUUCUCCGUCCAAGCAACCUGAAGAUCGAGACCGCGCCGACCCCACGACAUGCACCUGUUUUCAUGAGCCCUUUCGGUUUCCAAUCUACCAGUGAAGCAAGAUUGACAGCAGCGACGCUCGAGGAACUCGACCCGUUAGAAGCCGAAGAGCCACAAGCUGUUCGCAAAAGUCAAAGUAUGCAAGAUCUUACAUCCUCCGAAGAUGUUGUUGCCCAAUCUCUCCAGUCUCGUGGCAAGAAACGCAGCACCAUCUGGACCAUGGACACUGCUAUCACAAAGGGCACCAAAUCACAUCUUCGUGCAGUUGCUCCACCACAUGCCUGGAGUCAGUAUCCAUCUCAUACACGAGAACGACGCUGUAGUUCAGCUGGGCGCCAUGAUGAUAUAAUCUGUCGAGAUUUUGCUCAUGGCCAAACGCCAUGCAACAUAGACCAAGCAGUCUCCGUUGAGACAACGAAAUCGCAUCAGGUCUGGCCACGUCUGGUCAAUUCCAAAAGAAGAAACUGGAUCGCGAAAUCGCGGUCGAUGACAUUCGGGACAGUCUUCCGCUACUAUUCUAAUCUUCUUACUUCCUCAGCAGCCCGUAACCGCCGGUCGUCCACGGCAACAGGUGGUAGGCUUGAACACCCAGAGCUCGAAGUCUUGCCUCCAGUGCUACCGGUACAUCCGAUGUCCUCUGCGCACUCAGGACUUGAGGACCAAUUCUCUCGUUCCACGGAUCAUCAAGAAGCAGAAGGCCAUGACAUCAAAGACGGGCUUGGUUUUUACCACCACCGUUCUCAAAAGUCAACAUCGAUUGUAAACAGGUCUCCAUCCGAACACGCCCCAACCGUCCCUUGUCUGUAUGACGGAUCACAGUCUUUGCACAGUCAGGCAGCAACUGACUUGCGAUCGGGAGACCACUCCGAGGAUAUGUCUAUUCUGCCUGAUGCACUAGACGGAAAUGUCGAGGACAAGCCUGCAGAACCGGACAGAGCACUGAGCGCACGAAGAUUGUCUCGAAUGUACCAAGCUUACGUGCAGCUUCCGACUUCCCUGAACAAUACUGAAAUGGAGCAAAAUGGUGCUAUAGAUGAAUCCAGCCAUACCUCAGACGAACCUACCAUUGCCGAGUCGCCUGACGUUGGUUCAAAGAUGUCCACCACCGCGUUCCUGACUGUCCCGUCUCCCAAAGAACGUUCGUCCUCGGGUCCAAUAACUCGUCACUUCCNNCCCUCGGUCACUGUGGUUGACGACCGCAAAGGACAUUGGCGUAGUGUCAGUCUGUUGUCGGUGGACUCUGGAAGAAGUAUCCGUAAGAGCACCAGAGAUCUUUUGGACGUUGUAAGAGCAACGCAAACACAGGAGCUUGCGAAGUUGUUGAACACGUCUGAGACUUCGAUCACGGAUGCAAACACCUUGGAUGGGUACUGA